AUGGGGGCAGAUCUGCCUGAUGCAGCUGUUUCGGUUGCGGAAUUGGAACAGGAAGCACCAGAAGCCGUGGCAGCGGACGCCGGUGACUACGUCCUUCAGGAGAAUGAUGCCCAUCUCCUGAGGAAGUCCCCAGCAGGGUAUCUCAAGGUAAUUAUCCCGCUGCUUUUAGUGUUGGGGGCCCUGCUGCUGGCAGAAAGAAAAAUUGGGUCAAGAGAUGGUAAGGUAAUACACAGAAGCACGCCAUUUUUAACGUUGGAAGAUGCCGACAUAGAACGGUACAGGGAAGAAUUAAAUGAGGCAGCAAAAGAGAUGGAGGAAGCCUGGAAAAAUUCCGAGCCUUUAGUGCGAGAAACUUUCACAAAGUACUUCAUACCGUCUGGGCCACAGGGUGAAUCACUGAGUUCUGGCGAUCCUGUGGAGAACCUGCGAGCUCACGUGGAAGAGAUGCGCAAGUCCAAAGUCCCAGGUUUUUUAUCUCUGGGUGCACGGAAGGACUACUCUCUGCAUUUGCGACUGCUGAAGUCCCUCUGUGUUGCUGUUGUCGAUCGCCUGCAACAGGUGGAGGAAAUGCAGCAGCAAAAUGAAGAAGUGGGCGUACCGGUGGCGAUCGAUGGCCGCGAUAUGCCUUACAGCUUUCCGAGCCUGGAUGACUUGAAAGGAGAAGUUGAGUCGGGGAUGCGGGCAAAAGAGUUUUUGGAGUUGGUUGGCCGACAAGCUUGUCCUCUAGCCUUGUCCUCAAGCGCCAAGGCGAACUACGUGGUCCCCUACACCAAAACUACCUUUGAAACUUUCACUCUCUGGAAAUUGUUUGAGAAGUUGUAUCCUGAACAUUUCGUUACUCCGCGUUUAGAGUUCGAGGCCAAGGUGCGACGUAUUGGCCGCACCUGGUCUUCGGAUGUGGCGCUGGAGGAGGCAAAGAAGCAACAGAAAGAGUACUUUGAUAGCUGGGAAAAAGGGCUGGAAUUAAGAAGAAAGCUGGCGCAAGAGCAAAUGGAGAAGGGCAUGCGUGCAGAUGACCUGCUGAUAUAUUGCCUGUUUCUUCUGUAG